AGAACAUGAAGCAUGUGCCAGGAGACCGGUGGGCACCAACGGAGGGUCACUCCCUGCCAGGCAUCAGAUGGGGAGGAGGAGAUGGCCAGUGCGGUGACGCCGGGGGAGCAACGACGACAUCUGCCACCGCUAUGGGGAGAGGGGGCACAUUGCCCAAGAGUGCCGGGCGCUGGAGCCCCGGGGACUCCGGAGGCCGUCGGGAAACGGGCCGCCUUUAGGCCACCUUUGACCAAUGCUACCCCCGCUCCGGAAAGCCAGAAGGAGCGCUUCACCCCGUCUGCUGCUGUGGGAAGCCAUAGCUGGGGCUUAUUCCUUCCCUGCCUCAUCGAGGGCAGACCCUUCCAGGCCCUCGUCGACACCGGUUCGACCAUCACCCUGCUGUGGCCUGAUGUCCUGCCGGGCACCAAGGCAGCCGGACCCCCAGGAUGGGGAAACCUCCAGCCUGAGGCAGAGGACGGUGAUAGGGCAGUGCGCCGAGGUCCUCGACAAGCGGGCGCUCACCGUGCAGUUUGGGGCUACGAGGGUGAAACACCCCUUCUACCUCACCCCAGUCCACGAAGACUGUAUCCUGGGGUUGGACUGGUUGCAGCAGGUGUCCAGGGCAUGUGGGCUGACCGGAGCGGGAAGCGGAGGUGGCAGCACCGGGCGUCGCCGGGGCCUGCCGGAGCCAUGGUGGAGGCAGACCCCAACAUCGGGCCGGUGCUCCGCUGGAAGGCGGCUGGGACCCUGCCCGCGCAGUAG